GAGUUAAAAUGGAAGAAAGAUCUCGAUUUAUUUUAUAUUUCGUCUUAUUUACAAUCAUAGUUGGUCAUGUAUGUUGUCAAGGUAAGUCCGAUUUCUUUGUGGUUUAAGAUUUGGUAUUUUAUUUUCAAAGUAUGUUUGUGUCAUAGACGGUACCAUUUCCAUGAAAGCAUAGAAUGACAGAAAAGGGUGCUAUUUUAGGUGGUUCAUGUUAAAUUUACCAUUUAUAUCGAAUACAAUCUGGUUAGAAGCUUUCAGACUAGUCUCUUCCUUCAGAACAGUUUACUUGAUCAGUACCUUGCAGUAGUAUGAACCAGGCCAAACAAAGUUAAAGUUUUAUCUGAUCUUGAGACAGUUGACAUAUAUCAUGAGGGGUUUGUGCAUAAUUUGAAAGAAGUGAAUUAGAAAAAAACCAUUCAUUUGAAACACAUGGUACAACCUAGUGUGUUUUUCUUUUCUCUCUGUGUUAGUAAGUGAAAUACUCUUUCCAACAUCAUUUUGCCCAAUCUGUGUCAAUUUUUUUUGGCUCAGGUGUGUCAGAAAAGGUUCUUUUUCACAUCAAAUAAAUAACAAGCAGAAGCUGCUCUAUGUAAACAUAAUUCAAUAUGUUUUGUUUUGCCAAAUAUCAAAAAGCUCUUUUGUCAUUCUUGUUUAUUUUGAUAAUUAAUAACUAUUCUCCAGCCCUAUUUAAUCCAUGAUCAUAAUGCAGUAACUAGUGUUUUUGUUUUGGUGAUUGAAUAUGAGAAUGGAUAACUUGUUUUAAAACCAGAGAUGGUCCUUUCUUAUAACUCUGUGAAAAUCAUACAAGAAAAACAUAACUUUGGUGUGUUCUGUCUAUAUUUCAAUGUAGGUGCAGAUAAUUGUAGAAGCAGAACAACUUGUCAAGAGUGCAUUGGGGUGGCCAGGUGUGCCUGGUGCUCUCAAGAGGUAAUUCUGUUCACAGUAAAUAUAUCUUGCAAAGGAUUAUGUUUAAGAGGAGAUUUAGCUUUCCCACAACUUGUGUUUUUGGAUGUUUGUGUUCAAAAUAGGGAUUGGAAGAACUCUAUAUUAAUUCAUGUAGUCAAUUCAUCCAUUAAAAUGUUGUCAGGUGUCUGACAUGGAACCUAAUUGUUUUCAAUGAUAGUAAAAACAAAAUGUUGUUAAUGGUCCUCCAAUAGAACACUUGUGGCUUAUUUCAUAACCAGAAAUACAUCAUCCAACCAGGUAUGUAUUGGUCAAGAGCCUGGGUUUAUGAGAGUGUGAUAUUGAUAAAUCAGAGUUUAUCAUUGCGUAUAGAAUGUAUAACUGUAGACGCAAAUUUUUAUAACAAGGUGCCUAUAAGUCAGCAUUAUUUAACUUUUAAUCUCUCCUUUUAGAAUUUUGGACAAUCACGCUGUGAUACGCAAGAUAAUUUAGUGAACUCUGGUUGUCCUGUGAGUAAUAUUUCUAAUCCAGGGAGCAAGUUCAAUAAUGAAGAGGUACAGUACAAUCCUUUUAAUGCUCAAUUAAUUUCAUUAUUAAGGCAAUUUUUGUCCAACUUCAUCAGUCAACCGUAACCCUAUUUCUGACAAUGUAUACAUAUAUUUUGUGAAAUACAGGACAGUACUGUGGGACCAAAAGUCCAAGUUCAACCCCAGAGGAUCAAAGUGAAUUUACGAUCAGGUAAACUUGCAUGGUAUCUGUACAUGUUUGUAGCAAGUCAUGUUAUCACUAGCUCCUGUAUGGACGUUUUCAGGAGUACUCAUUGAGAAGUUUUUCAAUUCUAGUUAUAUUACUAUCUAAAGGUUAACCUUAAUCUUAACCAGUUACUGGUACCUACCAGUACCUAGACAUAUGUUACAAGAGAUUUAUCUAUUAUGUCCUAUACAGUAAUAUGCCAGUAACAUUACUGUUACAGUUUAAUGUGUUGAGUUCCUGGGUAAGACACAUCUCACAGUGCUUGGAUUUGCACACAGGAUUGCAGUUUUGUACUGGAAAAUUGACAAGGAAAACUGACCAAAUUGUAGAGGUCGCCUAUGAUGAACUAGAACCAGUCCAUGAGGAGGUGCAAUACCACUAGUUGCUUCAUUUUAGUGAAACUGAGAUACAUGUUAUCCCUGAUGUAAUUGGCUGUCUGAUGACCUAGAACUUAUUAGUCUGUGACAAAUUAAGACCUAUCUAUGGGGAGGUGCAAUACUUCUAGUUGCUUCAUCAGGGCGUGAAAUUGCACCUAAUACAGGCACCAAUGUGACUAACUUUUUCACUUUGGCAACCAAAUCCUGGAAAUUAGUCGCCAAAUUGGCAACUAGAAUGUUUCAUCAUAACCUUACCAAGAGAUAAAGCGAAUUAAAAAGAUUUGCAAAGAUAAAUCCGUCGCAAACUUCCUUGUUUGUUUCCAAAACACAAUAGAUGCAUCUCUAUCAAUAACUAGACGCCAUCUUGGAAUUAAGUGAGCUUUAAUGUUGUAUAUCGUCCAUCCUAGUGUCCACUUUGUAGCAUGUUAAAGAUCCUUUCCCAAACUUAAUCUUGGAGGGUCUAUCUAGAAUGCUGACGGCUUAAAAGAAGGUUUUGUUUGUCUUUGAAAAUGGUAACCAACUUUUUUUCACUUGGCUACCACUUUGAAGAAUUUAGGAGCCAAGUGGCUAUCAGAAAAAAAAAUUAAUUUCACACCCUGUUCAUGGUAGUGAAACUGAGAUAUGUAUGAUACCUGAUGAAAUUGGCCAUGUGACUUUAAUAGUGCAGAAUUUUAUAUUUGUGAGCUGUGGUGAUAAUGUGAUUGGGGAAAUGUUAUAAAUAAUCAUGUAAAUGAUUUACAGGAGUGGCCACUACAGUGAGACUAACAGUGAGACCAGCAGAAAACUACCCUGUAGAUUUGUACUAUCUCAUGGACAUGUCAAACUCUAUGAGAGAUGACUUGGGAAAACUGACUGCUUUGGCGACAACAAUAGGUACAGGAAAAUCAAUAUGGCAGCUAUACUGCACUGAGGCAGUUAUACUGCACUGGGGCAGUUAUACUGCACUGGGGCAGUUAUACUGCACUGAGGCAGUUAUACUGCACUGGGGCAGUUAUACUGCACUGGGGCAGUUAUACUGCACUGGGGCAGUUAUACUGCACUGGAGCAGUUAUACUGCACUGGGUCAGUUAUACUGCACUGGGUCAGUUAUACUGCACUGGGGCAGUUAUACUGCACUGGGGCAGUUAUACUGCACUGGGGCAGUUAUACUGCACUGGGGCAGUUAUACUGCACUGGGACAGUUAUACUGCACUGGGGCAGUUAUACUGCACUGGAGCAGUUAUACUGCACUGGGGCAGUUAUACUGCACUGGGUCAGUUAUACUGCACUGGGGCAGUUAUACUGCACUGGGACAGUUAUACUGCACUGGGCAGUUAUUCUACACUGGGGCAGUUAUACUGCACUGGGUCAGUUAUACUGCACUGGGCAGUUAUUCUACACUGGGGCAGUUAUACUGCACUGAGGCAGUUAUACUACUCUGAGUAUAUUUUGAUGUUUUGUGUUUUGAAAAUCGCAAAGAUUUCUUGCAGAGAUAUUUCUGCUUCACUGUCACAUCUCCAUAGGACUGUAAUUGUUAUAAUAUUCAUGUUUUUUUAAAUAAAAAAAUCUGUUUGAUAAUCAGGGUAUAAUUUGUAGUAAUGAAUUUUAGAAAACAGUUGAUCAUUGAAAUAUUACUAGGUUAAUAAGAUAAGAAGAUGGUGAAUUUUGACCUUGUUAACAGAGACAUUGCUGAUUGUAAUAAGAUGAGGGAGGCAUUUCAUAUAUCAACCAAGCAUUAGACUUCCUGAAGCUCAUUUCACAAUCUCGGAGGUAGAGUGUUGCGUUGUGGAAUCCACAGGUCUGAGGUAGAAUUCCCCAUGUGGACUCAGAAUUUUUCUAGUGUUCCACACUUGUGACAAGAUGAAAAACAUUGAUCAUUCUUUCAUUACUUUAUUGCUGAGCUUGAAAUUCACCAUCUUUUUAAUUCUGUGUAUCCACACAAGGCUUUUGACAUAGCAUAACCCAGCAGUUUGUGAGAAGCCUAAUAAUGUGUUGAUCAUUCCAAAUCUUCAACAUCCCCCCUUGGGCACCCCCCUAGGCAUUUUAACUUUUGAAGACUGGUUCAUUCAAAUUCCCAUCCCCUCGGCCAAAAUUACAUUGAAAUGUUCCACCCAAUAUUGAAUGAUUCUUUGUGCAACCAUUUAAUGUUGUACAAUUUAGCAAAUUCACAUAUUAGUUCUUGGUGCAGCUGCUGGGUUUUUUGUUGGUAAGCAUCAUUCUAUGACAUGAAAAUUUUCUUUCUUAGUAUGUAACUCAUAAGAGCAGACUCUUUACCUUUAAACUCCUUCAUUUUAAAGAACAAGUAAUACUUAUAAUAUGAGGACAACAAUGGAAUGCUCAUGGGUUGCCCAGGGAAGGAAGGGGGGAGGGGAUGUUGAAGCUUUCUAUUGACAGGGCAUUAUGGCAAAGCUCACCAAUGAGUCUCCAUGGCUCAGUGAAGGUUUGAGGUUCAAUUCCUUAUGGGGACUUACAAUUUUUCUUUGUCCAAUGUUCAUGACUUGCAGCUGAUGUCUCCUGACGAUUUUUGAAGAGUGGAAUUUAUAUAUUGAAGUUAAAGUUUAUUUUUGAAUUUUAGGUUUUGAAACAAAUUGCCUUUGAACUAAAUUCAUUUUCACAAUCUGAAAAAGAAAAAUUAUGCACUGCAAUGCUUGUGUUUAGUACAAUAAGUUCAUGUAUUGCACAUUGAAAUAAUUGUGUGUCCUUUUGAUUAAUUUCUUUAGCUGAUAGCAUGAAUAACAUCACAAAAAAUUCAAAACUGGGCUUUGGUUCUUUUGUGGACAAGACUGUCAGUCCAUUCAUCAGAGUUGAGUAAGUAACUCUUCAUUUUCAGUUUGAAACUUUCCAAUUUUUACUGAUUGAUGACAAUCCCCUUUUGUGAAGGAUUUGAUUUUUUUUUAUUCAUGCCCCCUGACAGAGUGUAGGGACACUACAAAUGGACAAUUGGGUCAAACCUACUUUCUGAACAAUGAAAGAUACAAAUAGAUCUUAUUAGAAAUACUCUCAGCUAGUUAUAAUAAUGAUAUUUAUUGACUGCUUCCCAAAUGGGACUUUUCAGGGUUAAAAUAAACAAAUAUAAUCAUAGUGAAUAAACAUAGAGUUUAAAAGUCUCAACUGGCCAGAGGGAGACAGGUUGGUUAUAUGCAAAGUGCAGCCAAGGAGUUGAACUUAGGGCAACCAAGAACAUAUCCAGGGAGUAGCAAGGUGAAGGGCUUGAACUAAGGACCACCAGAUUACAAGUCUGGCACCUGGACAAUUCAGCUACUCGGCUGCACUGCCUCCACUAGAAUUCCACUUUAACCUACAAUAUAUAGAGGCCAUUUUGUUGCAAAAUUUAUGACCCCACCAUCCAAUGAAUGGUUAACCCUGCCAGCACUCGUGUGGGAUUUCCAGUGUUUUAUUACUUUCCUCUCUUAAGCUUGGGACUCUUUCUCCUUGGAAUUUUCAAGGUCUCUCUUUUAGAGGAAUCAGUGUCACAAGUGAGGUUUAAUUGUUGUUUGAUUUGUAGGACAAAGCUUCCGUGUAUUACUUCAGACAAAGUAACCUGUGUGCCUACAUAUGGCUACAGACACAUUCUCUCACUUGUUGAUAAUGCCCCACUCUUUGCAGUAAGUGUAAUUUUGUAAUUUUCUGUGUCCUUUCCAGCAGUGAGUUCAAAAGUUAAUUUUUAUUUAGUUAAGUAUAAGCUUAAAAUAAUUUUGAAUUUGUUAUUAGUCUGAGCUGCAGUGAAUAGUAUGAGCACUUCAUUCUGAUAUCUUUCUUUUAUAGCAAAAAAUUAAGGAUCAGGUCAUUUCUGGUAAUCUUGAUGCUCCUGAAGGAGGAUUUGAUGCCUUGAUGCAAGUAGCAGCUUGUGAAAAGGUCAGUGGCAUGAACAUAGGACAUUAAAUGUGACUGUCAUCAAUGCCAUUUAUUUCUUAUCACACGGACUACCCCCUCUUGUAUUUCUCUGGAGAGAAAUUGUGAAACUGGACCAGAUGCAUAUGCUAAGGAUACUAGAUGGAAUGAUAGUUUUGUUUGAGUACUAGGAAAAAUGCUUAAAAACCUCAAUUAUAGUGUGAUUUGUGGUUAGGUCUGAGCUGAAUUGUUGGUUAGCUACAUGUGUAAGAGUGACUCUUCAUGUUGAGUUGGCAAACAUAGUCUGUUUCCCUGUUUUUAUGCUCCCAAUGAUUGGUUGGAAAGAAUGGAUCUAAUCUGGCUUAAAACUGUCCAUAAAAGUUUUACGUUCAAAAAAUUAUGUAAAGCUGAAUUCUUAUUCAAAACUCUUGGGUGAAUUGAUUAAUUGUUAAACUUGCUUUAUUGUGUAGGAAAUUGGUUGGGGUGCCAAUGGUACAUCUCGCCGUCUGGUUGUCUUUGUUUCUGAUGCUCCAUUUCAUAUUGCUGGGGAUGGAAAGGUUUGUAUUCUUAAAUAUCAAUUGACACUUUAAAAGAUUGAGGGACAAUUUUGUUGUUUAUAUUUUACAUUUUAUCUCUGUUUCAAUCAAUAUGCUAGCUCCAGAGUAUAAUUACUAUUUGGAUGACACAAAUUUUUUUCACUUAAAGCAUCCAAAAUUGUUGAUACAUGUAGAUUUCCCCAAACAUCAAACUUAUCAGCAUACCCUCUGAUUUGAGCAACUUGUCUUGUUUAAACAAUCCUCUUACUGAUUAUCUCCUGAAAAGGCUUAUGGUUUCAUUAUACAAUUUUGGAAGGAAGGUUUUGAUAAGUUGUUUUGAAGCGUUAAAGGCAUCAUAUUUUUAUUUGUUUCAUUUGAUUUUGUUAGUGUCAUCAUUUUUAACUUAUUUUAUUUUACUUUAAUUGUAUUAUAAGAUCAAAGAUAGCUUCAAUGAGGAGCUGCUCAGUGGAAUCUAUUGAAUAAACCAUUAUUAUUACUGUUAUCUGUAUGGUUAUCAUUGUUGUUGUUGUUGAUAUUAUUAUUUUUAUCAUUUGCCCCUGGAAGUGAGAUGGAAAGUAUCACUCCUUUUCUCAUAUGCAGUAUGCCUGUCGUAUUGGCUUUUCCAUCAAUUGACCUUGUACAGAAUUUUAAGCUCAAUCAUCCAUCAUAUAUAGCUAAGUGAUUUGUUUAUGAUUUUGUUGUUCAGCUUGGUGGUAUUGUGACUCCGAAUGAUGGAAAAUGCCACUUGAAAAAAGAUGUUCAAGGAGACUAUGACUUCUACUCAAAGUCAAAUGAAAUGGUAUGAUUGACAGGAAAGGGUGAUUUGUACCCAGUGCUAAAAAUUACCCAAACAUGUUCAUCAGGGGCUGUGCUUGGUUGGUUUUUAGCUGGAAACACUCUUAGGCCCAAUUGUAUAAAGAGCAAAUAACCCUAUCCAAUGGAUAAAUUGCUAUCCAAGGGAUAAAUGACAGCAAAACAUGAAGGGUUAUCCACCAGAUGGAGAGAUUUAUCUCUAUCUAUCUAUUUGGGUAAUUAAUCUAUUUCAAGGUCUACUUCAAAAAUAACCUUGCUUUUAUAAAAAGGUUUAGUUAAAUUUCACACAAUGAAUCAUAUGAGGGUUUGGUUGGGUUUAUACACCAGCCUGGUGUAUAACAACAGGACCCUGAGGGUCCAGUCGUUCAAAGAAUAGAUAAGGCUAUCCAAUGGAUAAAUUGCUAUCCAGUGAAUAAGAGUGAAUAAAACAUACUGUACUUAUUCCAUGGAUAUAGAUAUUUAUCCUGUGGAUAGCAUUAUUUACCCUUCAAACAACUCAGGACAGUCAUAGUAAUUUCGAGUAUCAAUAUGUAUUCAGUUGAGGAGGAAGGAGCCUUUUAAUACCUUUUUAAUCAUCAAUUUUUGACAUUACCUUUUACAUUAAAAGUAACUUUGGAUGUCUGGAAAUAAAAGAGAGAUCUUGUGGAAAACGAAGAGCUUAAUUGCAUUUGGUGUUAUAAUUGUAGAAUAUGCAGGAUUGCAUCUCAAGAUAUAUAAACUGCCUGUUGAUAUUACCAGUCAUAGUUACUGAUAAGAGGAGUUGUUUCAUCAUUUCACAGGAUUAUCCUUCUCUGGCUCAGCUUCAUGACAGACUCCAGCAGAGCAAUAUUAUCCCAAUAUUUGCUGUUGUUAAGGAUGUCUCCAGUCUGUACCAGGUAUUUAUUAAAAGUUUUGUGUCUUAAAUGUUUAUGCCAUUUUUUGUGUGGUAGGAAUUGUCUUUGUAUUCAAUAAGAUUAUCCAAGAUAACAUGUUGGAUUCAAAUAAUUUCAGUGUUGUUCUUCCAUUUGUGGUUACCAAAACACUGAAAACAGUUCAUGUGGAAUUACAAACAGGGCUUUCUUGUAUCAGAUGUUUUCCAGUUUUUAGGGAAGCAAACCAACAAACUUUGGAUGGUUUAUGUUUCCCAAAUUUUUUCUUAUAUAUAUAUAUAUAUAUAUAUAUAUAUAUAUAUAUAUAUAUUGUCUAAAGGUCUUCCAUUUAAUUUGAUAUGUUUUGUAGAGUGUGGCAUCCAUGUGGAGUGACUUGGGAGCUGUUAGUGGAGAGCUUGCAGUUGACUCGGGAAACAUUGUUGACCUAAUUGCUAGAAAAUAUGAGGUGAACCUGACAAAGGCCUGAAGGGAAAAUUCUGUUUUUUAGAGAUACUAUGGAUUCUUUUUGUAAAUACAGAUAUUAGGUAAAAUAGAGGUGGUCACCAUUAACAGAGAGUAGAAUGUUUGUCUGCUGUCUUAAAUUUUACAGCAGAGGACCUUAAGAAAAAAUGAUUUCGAGCUACAAAAACAGUUACUAGUACUCUUACUCUGUCAUAAGACAUCUGCACAAAUACUCAGCUUAAACACUGCUUAUAAUUUUCCACAUAAUCAUAAUUUUAACAUUUCCCAAAUAAUUUUAAAUUUACAUUCCUCUAUGCUCAAGUAACUAAGACUUGUUAUUUUUUCUAAUUGUUACAGGAAAUUGUAUCGUCAGUCAGCUUGGUCUUUAAUGCUCCGGAGAAAGUGUCAGUUACUGUCAAAGCUAAUUGUGGGUAAGUGGCACAGUGAAAAGUGGUUGUACAAAAAACCUGUAUGUCAGUUAUCUGUCUCUUCUGAUCUAAUUUAUGCACAGAAGCAAUAACAUAGGUUGGUAUUAGACAUUUUUACAGUCACAGUUCUCUUGCACAGAAACCAUCAGUUACUAAUAUGUGUGCUGACUGGUUGAUACUGUUUUAUUUUAAGGCCUAAUGCAGUCAAUGACCAAACCCAGAGAUGUUCAAAUGUGAAAAUUGGAGAAAAGGUAUUGUGUCUUACAUCAGCAGAAAAAAAAUUAAUUAGGUUUUUUGCUUUCAUUUUUGAGAUGACAUGAUCUCUUAUUGAUGCGAAAAGUUUUUUCUUUAGGUUUAUUUUGAUGUGUCAGUGACGUUACAACAAUGCCCUGAGGCAGGAGCUGCGCAGCAGAGCAGGUCAGUGAGGCCGAGUUUGUUCCCAGUUCUCCCACUGUUUAAAAUUUUGGUGUAACUUUGAUUGUGAGGAGCUAUCAGUGCAUCACUUACAGACUCUAGUGAAUGCUCGCUCGUCAAAGCAUUUUUUGUAACUAUCGUUUGCUCAUUUUCUUUUCUCUCUUUUUUCGGAUUUGUAGCUUCACAAUUCGUGUACCAGGAUUUGGAGCUGUAGAACUAGACCUGAAUUAUGUUUGUGAGUGCGACUGUGGGAAGCCAAGUAUGGCGGUAAGUCACUUUGAAUGAAAUUUUUGUGCAUGGACUCUUUGUCUUGAAUGAUGUAAUCACCAAAAAGAUAGAUGUAAAACUUGAAGGACAAGCCUGGAGUGCGAGAGCGGCUCCAAAACGGAAAAAAAUAAGGCUUCUAUGGCGACUUCCUUGGAAAAAAAAGUUUCCCCCUCGUUUCCCCAUGCCAUCAUAUCACUCUCUCUUGAAAUGAUUUUGAAAAUCGAACCAAGAAAUUCGGAAGAUUUAUUAGGUACUCAAAUUUUAUUUCAGUUGCUCAAAAAAAGUCUGCGGAUCUUCUUAUUUCUCCUCCCUCCCAGACCUUCACCUUCUCGCUUUUACGUUCAUAAAUAUCCCGAGACAUUUAUUUUCUUCCCAUCCUGGAUAAAGAUCAAAGAAAUUCGUCUUUUGUUCUUGUGGGUAGCUUUCAGUUAAGCCUGCAGGAUUUACCCGACUUGCCCUAAGUGUAACAUAACGGUUAGAUUACUGAGAGAUUUUAAUCGUGAUGCGAAAUGCGAAUCCGGCUAAGACUGUAUUGCUAGCACUGAACACGGUGCACGUAACCCUUUGUAACCUGAACAGGAGGAAAACAGCACCAAGUGUACCGAAGGAAAUGGAACGUUUGCCUGUGGACAAUGUGAUUGUAACAAAGGGAGGUGAGUACUGAGUCGUCGGAGUCUUCUUCAAGUCACUUUUUUAAGGUAAUCGAGGUUAACCGAGAGUUGUUUUUUUUGUAAUGGGGGGGGGGGGAAGGGAUUGAGGGGGUGGGGUUUAAAUAAUCACUAGGGAAAUAAUAAUGUGAUCAGUGGACAAGACCUACAGAAGUAACUGAGGUCAGUUACAAACAAUUGCUUACAUUGGAUGUAGUCUCUUAAAAUUGAUCUCUGCUUGUUGCCAAUGCGCGUUUUAUUAUUCAAACUUUUGCCGCUACACGUUACACCCACAAUCCUACACAUAAGUCUCUUUGGAAGCACCAAAAAAGGCACUCAUCGAACGUUUUUUUCUUCAAGGUAUGGAGAAUUUUGUCAGUGCGAUACGCCAUUUGACAAAUCAAAGGAUCAGUCUAAAUGUAAAAGGUAGGUAAAAUUUAAGAAGUUUUUCAAGUCCACAACCCUUAUUACGUCCUACUAAAGAAAACAGUAGUAUGGUUUUGGCCUGUCUUGAAUUUCAGCCAUGAUGGACAGCCUGUCACAGCCUCUCUCUUAUUAGUCAGUGUUAAAAACAGUUAUUAGUCGGUUAAAAAACCGAUGGCCGUUACUGUAUCAUGCUCUUUUAUAUCUAGGACUAUUGUUGACAAUGCAAAAAUCAUCAGUUUUGCUUUUCAGGGGUCAUUUUACGUUUAACAGAAGAAUUAUUAUCACGUAAAUGAGCGUACGGAAUAUUUGUUCCGUUUUACAGAUAUGGAGAUGAGCAAAUUUUUACGUUAAGAUUAGGUAUAAAUAUGGAAUGAAUGUAAAACGAAUGGCUGGGUCAUAUUGUUGCAGUAACACUGUGUUUUCUACCUGCAGCUCUAACUCUACAGACGAACUGCCAUGCAGUGGAAACGGCGAGUGUGCCUGUGGAAAGUGUGUUUGCAAAGCGGUGAGUGAACAGAAUAACCAUUUUGAAAUGUUGGUUAGAAAAAAAAAACUGCUUUCGACUUGGAUUAAGGGAAAAGGUUGGGCUCAAAUAUUAUGGAUACAAUCUGGCUUGUUUUCGCUGACACCGUAAAUGCUUCUUGUUUAGGAGCAAGGAAAAAGGUUUUAUGGGGACUUGUGCCAGUGCAAUGAUUUCUCAUGUCCUGAAGAUAAAGGCCAAUUAUGUGGAGGUAUGGUUCUUCUACAGUAAACAGAAUUAAACGUCCUUAGCAUGGUGAUUAUGUAUUUGUGAGCUGUCUUAAGGUGCUACUGGUAUGUGGUGAUGUAUGGAUUUUUUUUCUUUUUCCAGGUCCUGAUCGUGGAGUUUGUCGUUGCCGUAAAUGCCAAUGUAAACCAAAGUAUCAUGGCGCUAACUGUGACAAGAAGAACUGUACAUACUUUCCUCCAGAAACCCAAUGCAAGAAAGAUGCGGAUUCGGUGAGGCAGCUUUUUUGCCGUGAUCCCAUCACCGAUUGUUUUUUAAGUUAUAUUAUAAUAAAAAAAGGCCAGCUUCUUACUUCCGUUGUUCUGUGUCUUUCCAGGAGAUCUGUGGAGGUUCUGAGAGAGGCGAAUGCAAGCCAGAUGACGAAAACUGCUACAAGUGUGUUUGUAAGAGUGCUUAUGAUGGAACCUACUGUGAAAAGUGUCCGGUAAGUGGUGUUAUGACUUUUUUCAGUCACUGUUACAGUAUUAUACAUUGAACUUGGCUUGGAGGUAGAUGCCAUUCCCUACAAAACCCUUCUCCAAAAGAGCAGCUGAAAAUUUACGCUAUGUAGCGUUUCCAAAUCCAGGGCUCAUAAGAUGAUGCUCGCCCUUCAAAACUCACCAUGUAGAGGUUAACAAUAAAAACGGGAAACGGACUCCUCUUGGUUAUGCCUUCUGUGUGUUAAUAAAUUGAUCUGUUAUACUGGAAGUAUGCAGUUUAAAGUUCCUUACCUGAGCUUUGUUAUUGCCGUGCGGUUGGGUAGGUUUAGAUCGUUUUUCAGUUUCUGUAGAGCUGCAUGUACAGCUGUGUCGAGCGGAACGUUAGUGAGUAGUGACUCAAUGUCGAAAUGCACCACGAUCUCGUUGUGUUAGAUUGUUUCCCUGCUAAUGGUGGAUAACAAGUGAACUGGGUCAGUCACGGUGAAAUUCUAGUUACCUUUUAAAGGAGACAAUUUGUUAACUAAAAGAGUUCCAGGCAUUUGAAUGUUUGGGGAAAACUCUAUACCCCUGUCAAACAAAUGUUGGAACCAACGAUUUCAGACGGUCAUUUCUCCGAUAAUCUCAGUUUUACUCGACUAAAAGUUGCAGUACUUUCUGCACGCUGUACGUUGUCUUUCUUGGUAUGAAGAGGAUUUUUCCCCCAGUGAUAGGUAAGACAUUCGUUAUGCACGAGGUGCCUCUCCAAACGCAUCGAGGAUGCCCCAAAUACAAGAAUGUGAUUAGUAACACAGCGAUCAAAUUGUGGUGUUUAAAAUCCUUGUCAUGCACACUUUACUAAACAUUAUUCGUGUGAAAAUAAUCUUUCUUUUAGAACUGUGAAGACGGCAUGUGUAGUCGCAAUGAAGACUGUGCUCUGUGUGCAACAUUCGAAGGCCAGUCCUUGGAUCAGUGUAAAAAAAUAAAUAGGUGUGAAGCUAAUGUUCUGGAAGUUCAGGUGGUGGAUAAUAUUGAAAAAAAAACAGGUGAGGAUUAAUAGGCGCCCAUCAUAACGAAAGAAUCAGAGAACGUGCAUAGUUUUCAUUGUGGGAAACAGCCUAAUAGAAUAUUGAGCUUAAAGCCAAACCGAGGCCAAUCAAAUGUGACCAGCUUCAAAGAAAUGAAAUAUGUUUAGCCUGCGCAACUUGUGGGUUUAGACAAUUGAUCCGUGAACGUGUGGUACAGGUUCUGUAGUUAGAAUUCACAAAGCGUUCAGUCGGCAACGCAGCUGGCAUCAAAUGCGGGUGGGAUUAUUAUUAUGCAGAAUUGAUUUGAUUUGUUGCCUUUUUUUCAUGCACAGAUGAAGGAUUGUAUCGCUGUGAGGGUGAAGUUGACGGAUGCACAUAUUACUUUACCACGCAAACAGAGGAAAACAGCGAACGCUUUGUACUUUUUGUUCAAAAAGAGAAAGGUAAUGCUUCAGUGUCUCGUCUGAUGUGUGGUUUUACUUAAGUUAAUCUUGAAAAAAAUAGUUUAAUUUGCUUUUUCAGGAGACCCCAGCAGGUUGAAAAUGCCCCUUAUUUUACAAUUGUUAAACUCCAGGCUCCGGUUGUUCGAAGAUUGGGGAAUGCUAUCCUCUAGAUAAAUCACUAUCUGUUGGAUAGCGUAGUUCGCUUUGCUUUCCACUUAUUCGCUAGAUAGCGAUUUAUCCGUUGGAUAACGUUAUUAGCCCUUGAUACAAUUCUUUGAACUUACAACUGGAUAGUGAAAACACUUUUUGUAUAGCUGUCCGACUUGAUUUUCUUACGCUGCUUUCGUUUUUGUUGUUGUUUCAGUGAGUUGUCCUGAAGAAGCACCCAUAUUACCCAUUGUGUUGGGUGUGAUUGGUGGAAUAUUACUGCUGGGUCUUAUCAUAUUAAUUGUUGUCAAGGCCUUCGUUACUAUGGUGGUAUGUUAGCUUAAGUUUGAUGGUUAAUCAACUUGAAUUUUCUUCCGCUGCGCCUUUUAUUUCGGUUUGAAAUGAGUGCAAAUGUGUAUAACUGGAGCUGUUCGUCAAAUGCCUCUGAUUAACCCAGCGUAGCUUGAAAAGUCAAGGUCAGUUAGUUACCAGAUCUGUCAUUAAGAAACAAGUAGGGCUCUGAGAUCAAAUCAUCUUAGUUAAUCGGUUUAUGCCAUUCACGUUUACGGGUUCAUAAGCAACUUUAAAUGUAAUCUUAGCACGUUUUGUGUUACGUCGGCGAGGGAAACUAUUGUCCUAGUCUAUGCCAAUGAAAUUCAAACAAUGAUCGAGCUAUAAUCAAUGUCUAUUGUAGGAGAAGUGGUUUUAAAAUCGUGUGAAAUGAAAAAAAAGGAUUCCUCAUUGAGACAACCAUCGUCCUUACGGUGCUAACUCUGGGCUGUCCGUGUUACUGAAUUCGUAUUGCUUUCUAUUUCAGGACCGCAUUGAAUAUCAAAAGUUUGAACGAGAACGAAUGCACUCGAGAUGGACCAAGGUAAGUUCAAUUUGUUUCCUCUCAACAGCCUGUUUAAGCAGUGAUUGCCAAACUUUAAGCUACUAUUUCUUUUUUUUUUUUUUUUUUUUUUUUUUCACAAGCCUUUUUUAAUCCCAUUAUUGUCAUGCCUCUGUUCUUCAUUCGUCAACACGACGUCUGUUUUGAUGAAAAGGGAGUUCAGGACAGAUGAGGUGUUUCCCUCCUGAAUGUUAAGCUCAAGAGUAUUUUAAGCAUUCUUUCUUUUCUCCCUCCUUGUUGAUCGAUUGAAACAAAAUAUGAGAAUUUCGUAUUCACCAUCAAUUAAUUUGCUUUAGGUUUCUCAAUGUUUACCCUCCAUUGUUAUCUAGUCUUUGUGUGACGUGAUACCCAUCGUUGAUUUUCAGGAAAAAAAUCCCCUGUAUCAAGCUGCCAAGACUACAUUCGAGAAUCCAACUUACGCUGGUGGAAGGCAGUGACACGAUACAAAUGAAUCUGCCAACCUGCUCUGUGUUUUGACUGUUCGAUAUAAUUAAUUAAGUGUUUCCAAGGUUAUGAGUAAAAAUUUUCUCGAUAUUUAAGAACGCAGUCAUAAAAAUUCAGCUUGAUCUCACAAAACAAAAUAUUUCACAUCAUAAGCCAGUUCCCCUGCCCAUGGCAGUCGUCGCACCCAUGAAAUACUAUUGACUGUUUUGAUUUUGUGAGUAGAAUUUGUUGUUAAAAUAUUACUCCUCAGGGGACAUUAGACUGAACUGUGCGCUAAUUCGCCAUCACUUAGCUGAGUGGGAUCCGUUUGAGACCAAAUUUAUAUAUAUACAUAUAUUUUUUUAUAUAUAUAUUUUAUUAAGUCAGUGUUAGCUUGAAUCCUUUUUUUUAAUGUUUGGCAGUAUACACACGAUCAAUACCGUUUGCCACACAACUUGGUUGAUAAUGGAAAUGAGAAAUGUCUUUUUUUUUAAUAAGGAAGCGUCAACUCAUCUAUCCAGCAAGACUCAUGUACUUGUUUCUCGGGAUAUUUAGUAAUGGUAAAUUUUUUGGAUCAUAUCAGGUAAUGUUGUAAGUUUGCGGCGAUUUUGCGACCCUUCCAGUCUCAAGAGUGAAAUUAAUGUGGAAUUCGUUUUUUCGUAUCAUUAAAUUGUAAAGUAGUUUUUGUAAUUUUAUAGAUAUCAUAAGAAAUAAAUUCCAGGUUUUUAAUUACUGUUGAAGUUGAGGCAUUUUCUGUCAAGAGCGCUGUGCCUUGUCAGAUUUUCAAUACAAGCUAUCGUUGCACUGUUAAAUAACAACGAAGUUCUUCUUGGUAUUAGUGUCUUUUCAUUUGUACCCCUAAUUUAGCGCGAUGAAACAGGUUAGAAACAGGUUUCUAACCUUGAUGUCUAGGCUGUCCUUCGAUGUCAUAACAUUAUGCGUGCUGGAACUUCUUUGAAGAAAAUUACGAAGGUUUACAUUGCGCAGUCGACAUCAGUGAAAGGGCUAGAUUGUUUUGACCCGAUAUUAUUAUUAUGAA